AGUAUAUGAAACUUCAAAGCAUAAAUAUACAAUUUUUUGUAAUUUGUAAGCCUAAAAAAUGACAAAAUUAUUGAAUAAAAAUAAAUUAUGGUGUUCAUAUAUUGUUGUAUUAUUUGUCAUUAUAUGUAGGAGUGUACAAAUUGAAGGCCAAAACUGCAGAACAACAGGAUAUUUUAGAGCAAGUAGUCCUCCAUCAGGGCAAUGCACAUCCAAUUGUUGUGUCCAAAACACUGUCUACUUCACAUUUCAGUGUUCUCCAUCAGUAACUUCCCAAACUCCUGGGAUACUCAGCCUUAGAAGCUUCCAGAACAACCAGUCGAAGUGCGACAAUGUGUAUCACUUCGACAAGUCGAUGGUGGUUGGGCUGUCGACAGGGUGGUACGAUGGUGGGUCCCGCUGCGGUAAGGUGAUUGUGAUAAGUGGAAAUGGGAAGACUGUGAAGGCUAAGGUGGUGGAUGAGUGUGACUCUACUAAAGGGUGUGAAGCAGAGGAAGGGUAUCACCCUCCUUGUGGGUAUAACAUUGUUGCUGCCUCUAAGGCUGUUUGGAAGGCUCUUGGGGUCCCACAGAGUCAGUUGGGCCAACUUAACAUUACAUGGGCUGAUACUUAAUUUUGAGAUUGCAUUGGAUGUCAUGUUUGUUUUAUAGGUUCAUGUAACUGACUUCCGUUUUGAGAUUAAGGCUCUAAUAAUAUUGUUAUUAUUGUUUAUCAUAAAACUAAAUACGUAAGGUGGUUCUACUAGAAUGGAAAUAAACAAAGAUAGUUCAUACACUCUCAGUAAGGAUAUAAGAUACAGAUUAUCCUAAAAGAGUUGAUCUCAUCAGGACGCCAUUGAAGUAGGUCGAGAGCCGAAAGGGACAUGUACCCUGUGUCCCAUUAUAAAAUUUAUGAAUUUUAUUUUAUAUAUGAAGA